UCAUUAACCAUUCAAGAGAAGAAACUAAAAGCACUAAAUGUUUUAGAAAAACUCAGACCAGCAAAGAAUACUACAGAACUAGAAAUUGAAUAUACAAUUAUUGAGACUGCAAUAUAAAAGCAUAAUACAAAAAGUUUAAAAGAUAUUUUUCUGUCAACGGCACCGCGAAGAGGAUUUUUUAUUGCCCUGGUUGUCUGCACUACACAGCAAUGUUCAGGAAUUUUCGUAAUAUUGUAUUUUAUGGCUAGUAUAUUCAAUCAAACGGGUUCAAGUUUAUCGGGAAAUACUGUCGGAGCAAUAGUGGGUGUUUUCCAAAUGGCAACGUAUUGUGUUGCUGCUUAUCUUAUAGAAAAGUGCGGUAGAAGAAUCCUUAUCUUAACGUCUUCAUUUACUUGUGUAUUUCCUAUGUUCUUCUUGGGUUUAUAUUUUUACCUAAAACGUAUAGGUGCAAGUAUAAUCACUAAUAUUGGAUGGUUUCCCGUUGUUUGUGUAAUAGUUUUUAUAAUCUGUUACGGAAUUGGACUUGGUGCUAUACCUGUGGCUAUCGUAGGCGAACUUUUUUCCAGUGAUUUGCGAGCUAAAGGUGUGGGAAUGACUUUAGUUCUGGACUCCUUAGCAGUUUCUUUUGUAGUAUUUUGCUACCCGUUGGUGACAAAAACAUUUGGAAUUCACAUUUGCAUGUGGAUGUUUUGUUUUUUGUGUCUUUUGGGAUGUAUAACUUUGUACUUUAUACUACCAGAAACAAAGGGCAAAAGUUUUUGUGAAAUACAACAUCUGUUAUCCGAGGUCCAUUAGCUUAGGAUAUGACACUUAACAUGAUUUUUUAAUAUAAUACCUUUAAAUUUUUUUUAUACAGGGUGUUUUAUAGGAGAACGGAAAUACUUGAAUGGUGAAUAGAAGUCACUGAUGCAGUUCUGGAUAUACUACAUUUAUUGUCUCACCAAUAUAACCGAGUUGCAGGGUUUUUUAAUGAUUUUGCCCAUUUCUUUAUGGACCCAUACUUUUAGAACCACCUUGUAUUUUUUUUAUAUUUGGUACGGAAACAUCCAGGUCCGGACUAAAAAAUAAAUAUGACCUUGAAACUA